AUGUCCCGACCAGAGCUCAUCGCGCCGCCAGAAAUUUAUUAUGGCGACUCCGAGGCCAAAAAGUACACCCAAAACACUCGCAAUCAGCAAAUACAAGCGGACAUGACUUAUCGCGCCCUGGAACUGUUAAAUCUUCCCCCUGAUGAACCUGCCUAUCUGCUGGACAUCGGAUGCGGCUCUGGUCUGUCUGGUGAAAUCUUAGACGAGGAGGGUUAUGUCUGGGCUGGCGUCGACAUCGCACCCAGCAUGCUUGAGGUCGCACUCGAACGGGAAGUGGAAGGAGACCUGUUUCUACAAGAUAUUGGCCAAGGAUUUGGCUUCCGUCCAGGCAGCUUUGACGGGGCCAUCAGCAUAUCAGUAUUGCAAUGGCUGCUGAACGCGGAAACCUCCCAUCCAACGUCUUCACCGCCUCACCGACUAGCCCGAUUCUUCCAAACCCUCCAUUCUGCGCUGCGAAAUCCAUCGCGCGCCGUCUUCCAAUUCUAUCCAUCGUCAGACGACCAAAUACAACUCAUUACAUCCAUUGCUCAGAAGGCCGGCUUUGGAGGUGGUAUCGUGGUUGACUACCCGAAUUCUAAAAAAGCCAAAAAGGUGUUUUUGUGUUUGUUUGUUGGCGGAGGUGGAGGUGGUACAUCACUGCCUCAGGGCUUGGACGGGGAGGAGGUUGAUGAUGGCGGAAAGGCGCGGUUCGAGAGGAGAAGGGAACGCGAAAAAACCAAGAAUGGUAAACGGAAAAACAUCAAGGAUCGAGAUUGGAUCCUCAAAAAGAAAGAGUUGUACCGGAAACGAGGCAAAGAAGGCGUUCCAAACGACUCAAAGUUUACGGGUCGCAAGCGACGCGCCGUGUUUUAA